GUCGUUCAAUUAGCAAGUGUUUUGAAAGGAAUGGAUAGAAUUCGAAAACUUGAAACAAUUUCAGCUCCGAUUCUUGUUUUUCUCACAAUGGGUCUCUUGAUUUGGUCCUGUGUUCGAGCCGGUGGAUUUGGACAUAUGCUUUCUUUAACCUCCAAAUUAUCUUCCUCUGAAUUCUGGGCUCUGUUUUUUCCUUCCCUUACUGCUAAUAUAAGUUCUUGAGCCACUUUGGCUUUGAAUAUCACUGAUUUUACUCGCUAUGCCAAGUCUCAAAAGGAUCAAAUCAUUGGCUAAUUGGGGCUUCCGGUGUUCAUGGGGGCGUUCACUUUCGUCGGCGUUGCUGUCACCUCCUCCACCGGCGUGAUUUUUGGGCAUGUAAUUUCAAACCCAAUUGAUCUUCUUGCCCAUAUUGGGGGUUUUACCACUAAGGUUUUGGCGAUUUUUGGGAUCAUUUUGGCCACUGUCACCACCAAUGUCGCCGCCAAUGUGGUGGCGCCGGCGAAUGCGUUGGUCAAUCUCAGCCCUUCUUAUUUCACUUUCAACAGAGGGGCACUUCUCACCGCCGUGAUUGGCAUUCUUUUUCAGCCGUGGAAGCUUCCAAGCUCGAGUGAGAGCUUUGUUUACACUUGGCUUGUUGGGUAUUCGGCGGUGUUGGGGCCGAUUGGCUGCGUCAUGGUGGCGGAUUACCAUUUCAUUCGGAAGAGAGAACUGAUAGUUGAGGAUUUGUAUUCUUCCAGUCCGACAGGGGUUUAUUAUUACUCCGGUGGGUUUAAUUUGGCGGCAGUGGCGGCGCUGGUGGUCGGAGUUUUGCCGGUGAUUCCUGGGUUCUUGGAGAAGGUGGAGAUUUUGUCUAAUGUUCCUAAAAUGUUUAGGGUGAUUUACGGGAAUGCUUGGUUUAUUAGCACCUUUUUCGCCGGAUUUUUCUUUUGGGUCUCUCCAAUUUGUUGA